GGUUUCUUGAUUUUCUUUCUGGACUGUUUGGAAAGGAGAGGAAAGGACCCUUGAUCACUCUCUCGUGGGACGAAGCCCACGUACUUAACCUUCAUGGCUACCCAGACCUCACGAAGACCACCAGAUGGACUCAAUUUAAUGAGUUCCGUCGGGUACUUGAAUAUUGUGACCGGAGUGGAAAACUAUUCUCCCUACUCCUAUCCACGACUGGAAAUAUAGAUCAAUUAUCUCCCGCCCCGAAAAACGAUUCGUCUCUUAGGAUUGAAACACAAGUAUUGCGUCUGCCGUAUCCUUUUAUCAACCUUGAUUUCGACCAAUUUGCAGAUGGUCUGGUAGAUCCAAAGAAAGGUUUCAAACUCUCAGGUGCCAUACAACCAGAAUGGAUGGUGAGGUGGUCCACUCGAUACAUUAAUGGUGAUCAAGAGGUGAAAGAUCGUAUAUUCGACUUUGCCCAGGCAAAGCUACUUUGUAAAGAGACGGUGGAUGAGAAGAUGAUACUAGGUCGAGAAGAUAUCCUAGCAAUCAUGGGUCUUCGAUUGGGCCUCAAGCUGACAGCCCAAAACAAAUACGACGCCGAUGUCGCCAAAGGACUU